UACAUUUGUGGACACGCGGUAACGUGAGCUAUGAAAGCGUCUUACUAGCCGGACUUUUUGCUAGUCAUACCUGGUGAGGCGUAAGCCUCUGAGUCGCUGGUGGAGUCGCUUCCGGCCCUCCUGCUCUCCUCAGCCGGUGUAUCGUAGGCAGCUCGGUGGGGUCCAGCCAGGAGGAGGCGGCUCGCUUGGCUUUCCCCGAAGUAGACGACACCGGAGCUCUGGUAGUGGCAAUGGCCGUUAGCGACAUGCUGCUCCGGGCUGUGAGGCGGGGACUCUUCGCGGGACCUGGCGGCGGCGGCGUAGUACACCUGUGCCACUCCGGGGGCGUAGUUGCUGUAGUCGGCGGCGCCGGCGUGGUGCUGUUCAUGUCCGUGCUGGUAGACUAGGCCGUAGGCAUAAGCAUGGCCACAAUCCAUCUGAAGCAAGCUUUCAAAGACCCAGCCAUCAUCCCUGCCCUUUGUGCUGUCAUGGGUGGCUCCCAAAACCCUCAGAUCCGUCAAUCGGCUGCGGUGAUGCUGAGGCUUAGAGUGAAGAAACGGUGGACAAAGAUAAGCCCUGCAGACAGAGAAAGCCUCAAGGCGGUGGUGUUGCAGGCGUUCAUGCAGGAGACAGAACACACAGUGCAGCACUCGCUCUCCCAGUUGUGUGCGGUCAUGGUCAAACACGAGACGCCCGACAGCUGGCCUGCCCUGCUGCAGCUCCUCAAUCAAGCCACCGAGAGUGUCGACCCGCAUGACAGACAGGUUGGACUCCUGCUUCUCAACAAGGUGGUCGAGUCGAACCCUGAGCCUUUCCAGCCUCACUACUGCCAGCUGCUGCAGCUCUUUAGCACCGUGCUACAGGACCACAACAACCCCACAGCCCUCUACUACUGCAUCCUCACCCUCACCGCCAUCACGGCCUACACUGGCACCGAACACAUGAACCAGAUGCGCUCCAUCAUCCCCAGUCUGAUUGUCGCUCUGAAACAUCUCAUUAAAGCAGAUCAGAGCCAAGCCAGCGAGGCCAUGGAGGUGUUCAACGAGCUGAUGGAGAGCGAGGUGUCCAUCAUUGUGCCUCACGUCGCAGACGUGGUUCGCUUCUGCUUGGAGGUUGGUAGUGACACCACGCUGACUGACUCCCUGCGAGUUAAAGCUCUCUCUUGCAUUUCCUUUCUCAUCAAGUUAAAGAGCAAGGCGGUGCUGAAGCAGAAGCUGCUGGUUCCCAUUCUGCAGGCCAUCUUCCCCAUUUUGACUGCAGCGCCACCGCCUGGAGAGGAGGACCCGGAGGAUGCGGAAGAUGGAGACAGCGCAGACAAUGACAAUCCUAAACAUUGUGCUGCUCAGAUUAUUGACACGAUGGCGCUCCGUAUGCCUCCUGAGAAACUCUUCCAACAUCUGAUGCCGCUGACUCAGACCUGCCUUGCCAGUGAUAAUCCCUAUCAGAGGAAGGGGGGCCUCAUGUGUCUCGCUGUGCUGGCUGAAGGAUGUGCAGAUCAUAUACGCACCAAGAUGCUGUCGUCAGUGCUUCAGACAGUCUGCCGAAGUCUUUCUGAUGGUAAUCAGGUGGUGCGCAGCGCCGCCCUAUUCGCCCUGGGACAGUUCUCUGAACAUUUACAGCCUGACGUCAGUAAAUAUUGUGAAGAAUUGAUGCCUUUGCUGCUCGGCUACCUUUCCUCCUUGGACCAGGCCAAGGUUGGUCAUAUCACUAAGGCCUUUUACGCACUGGAGAACUUCUUGGAGAAUUUAGGAGCUGAAAUUGAGCCCUACCUUCCCACGCUGAUGGACACUAUGUUGUCUGCCCUCAACAGCACAGACAGCAUGAAAAUCAAAGAGCUCACUGUGUCCGCCAUCGGCGCCAUCGCCAAUGCUGGCAAGGAGCUGCUGGUUCCUUACUUCCCUCCAGUGAUUGAAAGCCUAAAGGGCUUCCUGACCACCACCACGGAGGAAAUGAGGUCUCUGCAAACCCAAUCUUUGGACACGCUCUCUGUAUUGGCUCGGACUAUUGGCAAAGAUGUCUUCAGCCCUCUUGCUGCAGAGUGCGUUCAACUGGGACUGAAACUCACCGACUCUAUCGAUGACCCUGACCUAAGACGCUGCACGUACAGUCUUUACUCGGCUGUAUCCACAGUAUGCCCGGACUGUCUGACUCCUCACCUCACUCCCAUUACAACCAUCAUGCUACUUGCCCUCAAGUCCAACGAAGGCAUCACGGCACACCUUGAAGAGGACAAGACAUUUGUCCUGCUGGACGACGAUGAAGAUGAUAAGGGAGAGGAAAAAGAUGCGGAUGAAUUUCUGGAAGAUGAACCAGAGACGGAUGUCCAUGAUGUUGCAGGGUUCAGUGUGGAGAAUUCCUACAUUGACGAGAAGGAGGAUGCCUGCGAUGCACUAGGAGAGAUUGCCUUCAACACUGGUGCUGUUUUCCAGCCCUACCUGCAGUCAAGCUUUCAGCAAGUUUUUGAGAUGAGAGACUAUCCACAUGAGGAUGUUCGCCGAGCAGCAUUUGGAGCCAUGGGCCAAUUCUGCAGAGGACAGCACAAAGUGUGGCAAGAGAAUCCCACUGACAUGAAUCACCAAGCCUUACUGAAGAUGCUAGAUGUGGUGCUGCCGUGCUUCCUGGAGACGGUGCGCACGGAGCACGAGCGCCAGGUUGUGAUGGGAAUCCUGGAAACCAUGAACGGUGUCAUAAAGUCCUGCAAGGAGAAGGCCUUUGAGGACCCCACGCGCCUCAAGGAGGUCAGCAAAGUUAUCUGUGACGUGCUCAAGAAGAAGACUGCAUGUCAAGACAGUGAUGACGCUGAUGAUGAAGAGCAACAGGCGGAGUACGACGCCAUGCUCCAAGAGUUUGCUGGUGAAGGCAUCCCCUUACUGGCUGCCUCCGUGCCUGCGGACAGCUUUGCACCUUUCCUCAAUGACCUGCUGCCUCUCAUCCUCAGCAAAACUAAAUCAUCAUGCACCGUGGCAGAAAAAUCCUUCUCUCUGGGCACAAUUGGAGAAAUUCUGCAGGCUCUCAUCAGCGCGCCUGAAGGUCAGCGACUGGCGGGCAAACUCCACAAAAGACUCCUCCCAGUCUUGGUAACCGGAGUGAAAGACGGUGACCCGGAGGUCCGCAACAACAGCGUGUUUGGACUGGGAUGUCUUGCCCAAGCUGCUGGUUCUACCGUAGUCCCAGAUUAUCCCAUGAUGCUGUCAGUCUUCUCCAACCUGCUGGCGAAAGAGUCAGACCGCAGAGUGAUCGACAACUUGUGUGCUGCCCUUUGUAGGAUGAUCCUAAGCAACGUGGAAGUGGUCCCGCUGGAGCAGGUUGUCCCAGCUCUGGUUGCUCGUCUUCCUCUCAAAGAGGAUAUGGAGGAGAACAAGACCGUGUUCAGCUGCCUGGCCAUGCUCUACUCACACAGCCCUGCUCUGAUUGUGACUCUGAUGAAACCCAUCGUCAGCUCAUCAUGUCACGUGCUUGGCAACAAGGAGGUUGAUCAAGAAACAAAGAGCAUGCUGGCUACGUUUUUGAAACAAGUCGCUCAGCAGCACGCGGCGGACUUCCAAGCGGCUGCGACCGCACUUCCCGGGGAGCAGCAGGCUCAUCUCAGCGCGGCCAUCGGCGCCUCGUGAUGGCGGCAAGUCGGGCAUUUGCAGUUCAUUUUAUACUCCCCGCCUAAGUGUAAUCUAAACACAGCACUGUGACCACUCUGCCACUCUUGAGGAUUGACGUGUCAUUUAUGUUUUAUAAUGAUAAGUAUUAGUUCGGACACCUUAUUUUGGUCUAAAACUGACAGACAAGUAAGCCACAGUCAUGAAAACUACUUUAACUCACUCCUUUUAGGUCUCUAAAUGCUAUUUCCGCACUGCCUCUCACAGCCAACAGUCUCCUACAAGAUUUUCAGUGAGGAAUGUAAUGCAUGUUUUAUGCAGAAAUGUUCUACAGGGACAGUUGUGAGCCUUUUCCAAUGCAUUCUAAUGUAAUAACUGCAGAGGGCUUGGAUAUUGGAUGCACCAUUAAGUUGAACCAACUCUCUUCAGUGUUGGGGGCCAUCAUCACCUGCACGCUCACCUGCAAGCAGAGAUGAGAAGAAGCCUCUUCAAUCCCAGUUGCAUGUGAUGCGGCACACACAGGAGCAGAUGUGUCAUUCAGCUGCUGCGUCAUACCAAAGCCUUGUGUGCUUAUUGGUAACAUAAAUAAAGCUACAGU